AUGGACGACAACCAAAACCAGGAGGAGUUGCUGUACACGUCGGACGAGGUGGAGCGGCUGAUCCUCGAGAGCAUCGAGCAGGUGCUGGUGGGCAAGUCCUACAGCGAGGCGGACGUGCCCAAGUGGAUCAACGCCCUCUGCGAGGACAUCAUGAAAAAGCUCAUCGAAAGCCAAAAGCCCUACAAGUACAUGAUCAACUGCCUCAUCCAGCAGAAGACGGGACAGGGGCUGAUCGCGGCCAGCUCGUCCUUCUGGGACAGCGCCAGCGACCUGGGGGUGACCGUCAUGUGGCCCAAGGACAAGCAGAUCAAAGGCGACCAGACCAAAGCCUCCAUCCAGUGCAUGGUCACCGUCUACACCCUCUCCCUCAUCUGA